UGAAAAGUAGCUUCCAAUCUAGGAUUUUUUUGUGUGUGUCACUGUGUGUGAUGGCUAUCAAAAAUAAACGUGUGCUUUUCUACAUGUGACUUUCAUGGCGAUCGAGUCCAUAAUCUAUGGCAGGCACUUUUUUUUUUUUUUUCCUCCCCCUAAUUCCACUCCAAUCUCACAACAGCAGCAAUCAUACCCCUUUCCCUCAUAAGUUUUUGCAUUUUCACAUUCAAUCCUACGAAAAUUAAGGAUCCCUUCUAGUGGGUUGAGCCGUUGAGGUAAUAAUUAACUUUUUCGAUCUCUAAAUUAUGCUCAUACUUAAAAGUGCCAAAUUAAGGGUUUUUUUUUUAUAUUUUAUUUUUAUAUGAAGAUACAUACCACCAUUAUAUUUUUUUUUUAUAUUUUUUUUUUCAUAGAAAGUUAGUCAAUGAACAUGAAGAUUUAAUGAAUGAAGAUUAUAGUUAUUAGUUAGUUGUCUUAUGCACAAUUCACACGCGCAUAAUUAAAUUAGCUAUAAAAUUUGAAAACAUCGUGUGAAAAUUCCGCACUCUUAUAAUUUUUUUUGCGCGUGUGAAACUUAAGGGCCUCACAUUUGAAAGUUUGCCUAAGGCCUCUCAAAAUAUUUGGAAUCUCAGGGCCGGCCCUGCAGCCUCUCUCUGUAUGAUAUUAUAUAUAUAUAUGUACACACUACAAAUACCGUCGCCCGUCGCCACCGCCACCACAUCAUCAUCACCCCUCAGCCACCGCCGCCACUGCCUCAUCAUCACACCUCGGCUUCCCCCGCCGCCGCCGCCAUAUCAUCAUCACACCUGAGCCGUCGGGGUUCACCCUUCACGCGCAUCAUCAUCACACCAGAUAUUUGGUGGAAUUCUUCAGCCAAGAGAUUGGAAUCAACAUUUUAUUUUUGGAACUUCUGCAAUUGGAUUUAGGAAGUGAAGGUGAAGCUGUCUUCUCGCUGAACAAUAUGAAAAACCUCUUCUGCAAAAGAUAGUCAUAUACGAAGGUGAAGAAAUUAUCGAAUUUUGAAGUGGAAGAGUACAAAUUGGGUAGUAGCAGAAAGUGAAAAUCGUUUACUGACAUGGAAACCAGCAAAGAAGAUGACCAUUUUUUUCUCGAUCGUACUUCUCGAGCUACGAGAGGGAAAAGGAUGACUAAGUUGCUUGAUGACGAGAUUGAAGAGGAUGAGAUGUUCUGGAAUCAGGAGGCUUUAAAAGAGGAAGAGGAUGAUGUAAACUAUGAAGAAGAAACAGAGGUUGCUGAUGUUUUUGACAGUGACUUUGAUGAAGAUGAACCUGAACCUGAUGAAGAAGUAGAAAACGAAGCAGAUGACAGGAUACGGACAAAGAAGCGACUAAUAUUUCCAGGAAAGCAAUUGCCGAAGAAAAAAAAGAAAAAGAAGGACCUUUCGAAACUAGAAAAAGACCCCCAGGAUGAAAAAACUGACGAUCAAUCUACCCUCCCUAAACAUGAUGAUGUUCCUGAUGAUUUAGAAGUAGAGAGAAUUGUUAGGAAAUCCACAAGAACUUCUGUCAUUGUUAAGCAGGCUGAAAGAGAUGCAAUACGUGCAGCAUUGCAAGCAACAAUGAAGCCUAUAAAAAGGAGAAAGGAAGGCGAAGAAAAGAGGAUGACUCAAGAAGAGAUGCUUCUUGAAGCAGCUCAAACAGAAAUUAUGAACUUGAGGAACUUGGAGCGGGUGUUAGCAAGGGAGGAAGAAGUUAAGAAAAGAGCAAUUGUGCAUAAAGCAGUUUAUAGUGGCCCUCAGAUUCGAUAUCUUUCUAGAGAUGGUCAUUCGUGUAUAGAAUUCACUGGAGGAUCGUCUUUCCAAUCAGAGAUUUCCACAACUUCAGCUCCAUACCCGCAGAAGGCUGUCUGUGCAGUUACUGGGUUGCCUGCGAAGUACCGUGAUCCAAAGACAGGGCUUCCUUAUGCAACGAAAGAAGCCUUCAGAAUUAUUCGUGAGCGGUUUUUGGAUGAGAAUAAUAGGAUUAGAGAGAAAAACAGCACGGGGACUCUAUCUGAUUUAAUUUCUGGGGAAGGAUUUGCUGCAAAACGGAAGAGAACAGUGAUUCCAAAUAGUAGGGAAACAUCAUAUUUCCGAUCUUCUGCUCGUUUCCGUAAAAUUCCAGAUCCUGAAAGCCAGGAUUCAGAAUAGCUACGUUAGUACCAAGUUUCUUUUGUAUUAAUAUCUACAUGUAACUAUAUUUUCUGGUAGUUCCUCUUUUGAUUAGGCUUGAAAAUUUCAACGAAGAGUAUUCUCUCAAUCGAUCGUGUAAGAGUGAAAUGUGAACUUCAUGGUAGCAGAAAUGGACCCUUUUAAGUUGUAUGUAUAUUGUUCUAUGCAUAAUGCAUUGAUGUGUUAAUUGUUGUA